AUGGCUUCAUCGAAACCUAGAAGCUCGUGCUCGUUCCUCGACCUCCUCAUGUCAUUGUUCAGCCUGGCCCUCGUCCUCCUCUCGGCCGCCUCCGUGGGCCCCACCCUCCUCCUCCGCCUGCCGCCCUCUUUCCUCGGCUGGGCCUUCCUCGCCGUCUCGGCACUCUCCCUAUCGUCAGCCUUCAUCGGCCUCUGUCCCUGUCUCGCCCGUUCGUGCUUCCGUGCCUACGUCUCCCUCGUCAUCGCCUCGUCAGCGUCCCAGCUGCUCGGGAUCGUGGCCCUCUUCGCUCGGGAGAAGUCGAGCCUCUCGAUGCUCAAGUCCCCGCGGGACCCGCGGGAGGCCAAGGCCCUGGCCAGGCUGGAGUGUGGGGUGCUGAUGGCGAUGUUCGCGGUGCAGCUCGGGGUUAUGAUCCUCUGCUGCGCGGUGAGCUGCUGCAUGGCUAGGGAGUACGAGGGAUUGGAUGCGGCCGAGACGAAGGAGAAUAAUAAGGAGGUGAAGAAAAUGGAGUUUGAUGAGAAGAUGAUGAGGAGCAAGGCUAUAUGGGCAGUGGAUGAAGAAGCAUAA